GCGGCUUGGUCGAGAGCAGCCACUAUUUCCCUGGAUUCCGCGGAGUACACGUCGCUUUUUGCACCGUUACGUGCAGUGCGAAGAGGUGAUCGAUUCCGACGGAGACGUAAUCUUGAUUUGUGCUCGCGGAUCUUUCGUGCAGUGUGAUUUCUUAGUGGAAAACCAAAUGGUUGUGCUCGAGGAAGGCGGUAUGCUGACUACUGGACACAAUCAGUACUUACAACCGGAUUAUCUUUCUCCGCUUCCAACUACGUUGGACGCGAAGAAAAGUCCGUUGGCACUGUUAGCACAGACAUGCAGUCAAAUUGGAGCAGAUUCGCCCAGUAAACCACUGAUUUCACCACUAGAGAAGACUUCGAAGGGCAUGAACAUCGCUACGAACGCCAAAUCACCCCCGGCCACGAAACUUGAACGCAAUACGCGCGGCAGUCCGACGGACGGCAAAUCGUUGGCGUUCAAGCCAUACGAGACCAACGUUGUGACGAAGAAAACUUCGGAUGAGGGUAGACCUACAUCUAAAGCCAGUGUACAUAGUGUCAGUGGUCAGGAUAGUGUCAGUGUUAGUGAUAAUGCGCAUUCCGACAAAAAAUCGUCUGGUAAUCGUACCCCAGUGAGUCGAAAGUCCGUAUCGCCGAACGACCAAGCGACGGUAACGGCCACUAGUGGUACGCCGUCGGCUGAUCGAAAGACACCGGCCGACCGUGAGAAGACCGACGGCUCACCGCGAAAUAGCAGCAACAACAAUAACGGCGCAAGUCCAAUUAUUAGGUCUGGAAUGGAAAUCCUAUCCAGUGCUCACACAAAGGAUACUAAUCUGGCAGCUUACAAGCCAGGUCUUCCAGGAUUUUCUAGCAAUCCCUUGUGCUGUCCACCAGGUCUAGCGGAGAAUCCAGCCUUCAGGCCACCAUUCGCUGGUGCGUCACCAUUUUCGCAUCAUCAUGCCGCCGCAGCAGCACUUUUGGGCUACCCGUCGGCAAGUCCAACCGGAGGCAAUCCAUAUCUGAGUUAUGCCCGCGUCAAAACCCCGGCGGGCGGCGAAGCUCUAGUGCCGGUGUGCAAAGAUCCCUACUGCACUGGCUGCCAAUACAGCAUGCACAGCGCUCAGAUUAUGAUGGGCACUGGUAGUUGUCCAAGCGGCUGCACUCAAUGCGAUCAUCAGAAGUACGGACUGGCUAUGGCGUUAUCAUCUUUGGGCCCGAUGCCACCGCCAUCAUUGUCCUAUCCGUCCACGUUAGCCGGCGGUCGGCCUUAUGUUUGCAACUGGAUCGCUGGCGAGUCGUAUUGUGGCAAACGAUUCGCCACGUCAGAGGAACUCCUGCAACAUCUCCGCAGUCAUACAAGCCUGGCUGGCAGCGAUCAUGCAGCCUCCGCAGCAGCCCUUCUCGGCAAUCCUCAUCCACAUCCGUUGUUAUCGCCAUCCACGGCGCUUCACCGAGCUAGCGGCGGUUCCUACCCAGCGCCGUCGCUAAGUCCUCUCAGCGCCAGAUAUCAUCCGUACGGAAAACCACCGACGGGUCCACUUCCGGCUUCGCUGGCUGCAUCACCGUACAGCGCUUUCAACGCCUUGGGACCGUAUUAUUCACCGUAUGCGAUUUAUGGACAACGAAUCGGCGCCGCUGUACAUCCUUAAGAUGGAUAUACAAAAUGGAUUUAUGGCGGUACGAUUUUUUAGAGGAACUUUCUCCUCUUUCCUCUUUCUCUAUUUCUUUCUCAGUGUACAGUUGGAGAAUGUGCAAAGAUACGCAUAUGGAUUUGUCGUCUAAGAGACUGUUGUGUAAAUAGCCACUGUGUACAAUACAAAUUUAUUUAAAAGAAUUCUAUAUAUAUACAUAAAUAUAUAUAUAUAUAUAUAUAUAUAUAUACACAUACAACACACACAUACACACACACACAUAUAUAUGUGUGUGUGUGUGUGCGUGCGUGCGUGUGUGUGUGUGUGUGUACAUUAAAAACGAUAAUUAAAAUUUAUGAAACAAUUUGACAGUGUAACGUUACAUCGCAAGACCUUGUACGAUACAAGUAAUACGUAUCUCUAUUGAGAUUCGGUUACCAUAUAGAAAAAAAACUGCAUGCCAGAUAUAAGUUAACAUUGUGAUGACUGCUGGACGGAUCAAUCCCGUUCUUAUGCAAAAUACGACACAGUACGCGUGUUAUUUCAGUUUUUCAGUGCUUACAACGGAAAUUUUCGCCUCCUUAUAUCACCCUCGCAUUACAAGAGACAUUAAUUGGUUAUUUGUCGAUGUAUGUCCGUGAGGAUUAUAAAGUGCGUAUUACAAUUAUAAACUGUAUGUUUUUCGACGCUUUGUAAACGUAAGCCUCUCAUGGCGAUGCGUUCGACAACGCAACAUCGUAUGGACGCGGUCGCGCGUAUUCUAUGUCCAUGAUAUAACUGUGAUAUUACGCUACUUUUUUGAGGAAAUGAUUGAAAAAAAAAAUACUAAUGGAAAUAUCUAAGAUAUCUGAUGCAAAAUAUAAUGUUGUAAUUUAUUGUCAUCACUUGUGUAAGAUAGAUACGGAUGUCGUUUCAACGAACAGAAAUAAAGUCGAUCAAGAAUUUGUUUUGUCUUUUCUCAAAAUCCGAUGAUUAUGGAAGGAAUCCUUAACUAGUUCUGGCUAGUUUCGUUUUGAAAGCGUAUCGGAUUACAUCGUUUGUCACAUUGUCGAAUAGUAUAUUCUAAUAGAAGAAGCACAAGAUGUACGAUACGCACAUUAUCUACAUUGUAAAUAUCUCUUGUAAAUAUCGUUGAGUUUCCAUACCGCUUUAAUAAAAAUGUUUGUAGAAUCACUAA